CUUCUUGCAGGAAACAGACCUUAUCCUGACUUUUAAUAUUUCAAUGCACCGAUCUUGGUGGAUGGAGAAUGGACCAGGAUGUACGGUGACGUCAGUGACACCUGCCCCAGACUGGGCCCCAGAGGACCAUCGCUACAUCACGGUCUCAGGGUGUUUUCUGGAGUACCAGUACAUAGAAGUGGCUCAUAGUUCCCUCCAGAUUGUUCUCGCACUGGCAGGGUUCAUCUACGCCUGUUAUGUUGUGAAAUGUAUAACUGAAGAAGAGGACAGCUUUGAUUUCAUAGGUGGCUUUGACUCUUAUGGCUAUCAAGGUCCUCAGAAGACAUCUCAUUUACAACUACAGCCUAUGUACAUGUCAAAAUAACACCGAUGGCUUCAGUAUGUCAGCCCAUGGACCUUUCAAAGAACUUGUUUCGCAGUGGCCUCCUGCAUUUUAUGAAGAACAAGAAGCAACUGAGUUUUAAUACAUAUACAUAUUAACAAAACA